AUGUCUAAAAAAGAAGACGACACACCGAAAUCGGGUGAAAAUGAUGGAGAAGAAGAGGAGAAAAAGGAACCUUCUGGAUCCGCGGAUAAACCAAAAUCCGCAGAGAAAUCAAAGCGGCCGCCUCUGCCUCAAGCUUCGGCUUCACCUUCACAACAACAACAACAAGCACAACAUCCGCCAGCGCAGGGACAAUAUCCACCUCCGCAAUAUCAAUACGCUAGCUAUCCGCCACCACAACAGGGUCCAUCAUAUCAACCGGUUCCAACGCAACCACAAAAUCCGGGACCAUCAGAGCAAGAUGUUGAGCGAGGAAAGUUGAAUCCAACGAAAUUGUUGUUUAGUGAAGGAUCGAUUCGAGCCGCGUUUGUGAGGAAAGUUUUUUUGGUUGUGACAAUUAUGGUAAGUUUUGGAAGGAGUUAUGAUGUAGAGUAGCAUAUAAAAUAUGACCAAGAAAUCCAAGAAAUCUUUUGAGAUGGUCUAGAUAUAUUGAUCAAAAAGUCGCUUCUAUAUUGAUUUAAAAAAUCACUUCGCUUGUUCUCAUGUUUCUAUUCCAGUUCAUGGUUGUUGGCUCAUUUUGUGCUAUUCCGAUUUUCUGGUCCGAUUUCAAAAGAUGGUGUCAACGAUGGGCUUUUCUAUACUACUUGGCUUAGUUAGUCUAACACUUUUGUCCAAAAAACCAGAAUCCUGAAUUUUUCAGCAUCGUAUUUCUGGUGAUCUACUUGAUUCUCGCGUGUUGCCGAUCGGUUCGUCGAAAUUAUCCAUGCAAUAUUAUUAUGCUUUGUGUUUUUGUGAGUUCUAGAAAUUUUCGACUUUCACAAUUCAAAAAAAGUGAUUUUAGACAGUAGCUGCUUCAAUAAUGUGCAUGUUUUUCACGGCUCAAUUCAAUACACAAAGUGUAUUUUUGGCUUUGUUAAUUACGACACUUUGUAGUGCGGCAAUUGUUGCUUUUGCCAUGUUUACUAAUAAGGAUUUAACUACGUGAGUUGGAGGAUUUUCGAUAUUCGAGUUGUCAAGUUGUCGUGCCUAGAAAUUUCAAUUGUCAAGGAUUAAAGGCAUAAUUGUAAAAUAGCCGAAAAAAAUGAAAGCACUAAGUUGACUAGAACUCGCAUCCAGAAUUCAACUCUGACAAGGAGCCAAAUCUAGCCGUAAAAAUCCAUCUGUAUAACUCCCAACUUAAGUAACAGAUUUGGGCACAGCUUCUUACAAAUUCUAUAUAGUUUUUCAAACUAAUUUUCAAAUAAGUGUGCAUUAUUUCCAAAUUUAAAAAAUAAAAACGCACCUAACCCCUCCCAAAUGUCUUUAUUUAAAAAAAAAAAGCAAAACUUUCCCAACUCGCUUUUUUCUGUUAUCAAAAAACUUUCUCCCUGGUCUCCCUCUCGUUUUUUCAAAGAAAAAUAGAACAAUUUUCCCGCAUAGAAUUUUCAAUAACAAAGAAAAGAUUCCGAGGUCUCUGACAAAAACAUUUUCAACUGAAGAACUCACCUGAAUCCCACCAAAAUCCAUAAUUGUUUCCAGUUGUUAUGGUGUGGCCUUCAUUCUCAGCGUAUGUCUUCUACUCUUCGGAUUAUUCGCCAUAAUUUUUGUAGUUUUCCUCCAUUGGUACUUCCUAUAUCUAAUUUAUGCGAUUUGUGGUGCAUUACUUGCUAUGUUCUACUUGGCAAUUGAUAUUCAAUGGAUUAUGGGUGGAAGAUCGCAUGAAUGUUCGCCAGAAGAUUGGAUUUAUGCAUCACUCGAAUUAUUUAUGGACUUUUUGUCGAUCUUUAUGUUUAUUUUGAGUAUCCUCGGGUUUGCUGAAUAA